AUGGCAUGGUGUGAUCUAACCAUAGAUCUCCUUUGUUGCAUCUCAUCGCACUUGUCCAUUGUAGACUUAGUUCGAUUAUCAGUUGUCUGCACCUCAUGGAAUUUCACUCUUCCUAACUAUGCACUCAUUGGAAUUCAAUGUCGUCCCUCCCCAUGGUUGCUCCUUUCCAAUGAUGUCAGAGAGACCUCCGACGAACUCACCUUCCGCGAACUUACCAUAGAAGAAGAAGAAGCUGCCGUCAGCUUCCGUCGUCGCUUCUCCUCCAUUGGUAGCCACAUCUAUGGCCGCCGCUGUUUUGGCUCCAAUAAUGGAUGGCUUGUGACCCUUGAUAAAAUUGAUCUACAGCCUCGCCUCUUCAACCCUGUCACAAAGGCUGAAAUAUCGCUCCCAUCACUCUUCACCUUGAUUGAGCUACAAUAUGCCCCUGAUGGCUCGAUGAAUGACAGCUUACGUGAUAUAUAUUUUCAUAAGAUCAUUGUAUCCUCUAACGACUCUUUUGGAACUGCUGUUGUUAUCUAUGGCUUUAAAAAAGAGCUUGCUUUGGCUAAGUUAGAAGCUCUGACUUGGGUUCUUGGGCCACAAUUAUCUCCUUACAGCACAGUAGAUGAUGAGCAAUUUGAGGAUGUUUGCUAUCAUGAAGAAAAUCAAUUAUUUUACGCAAUCACAAAUUUUUCUAUGGUGCUUUCUUUUGACCUCAAUGGACAAAAUGUUGAAUUGAUCUCCCCGAAUAUGCCCAAUUCAUUCUAUCACACCAGAAACUUCAAUUAUAUGUACUAUAUUACCUUUUUGUCGGGAACUCUUCUAAGAAUAGAGAGGGUGAUUAAUAUUACUCCUAAUAAUCCCUUUAAUGCUACAACGAUGACUAUCUUUGUUUCCAAGUUUGUGCCAGAUGUUGUUACUUCUUCUUCUUCUUCUUCUUACUCCCAAUGGAUCACCGUCAAUGAUCUGGGGGAAUACUCCUUUUUUGUGGGUUGUAAUCAAACAUUUUCUUUGCAUCACAAGGUUGCUAUCGGAAUUAAACCAAACUGCAUAUAUUUUGCUGAUCAUUCUAGCAACAUGUUGCUAAGUUUUGUUGAUUGUGAUAUUGGACUUUUUGAUCUUUACAAUGAUCGCAUUCAGUAUAUCCUUCCCCCAUAUUCACGGACUAAUUGGCCCCCAUCAAUCUGGUUUACACCAUCACUUUCAUAA